UCAGCUCAUGAUUUAGCUGAACUGACUUUAAUGAGGAUUUCCAUUCCCAGUUUGAUUUAACUGCUGCACUCCCACGUUUGUCCAGCCCGUUUUGCCCUGAGGUGUGCAGGUUUAUUUGACUGACGGUUAUUUGUAGUGUGUGUUUAUUUUUGUGUGGGAGGGUGUGUUACUAUUAGCUAGAGCCUUGAGCCUCCAAACAACACCUUCCCACCUGUCAGCUCACCCAUUGAUCAAAUGGCUCAGGUAAACAGCUGCACGGCUGAAGCAAACGCAUGUCUAACUUACACUUAGAAAGAUUUAACCUUUUGUUCGCAUAUUUCCUGAUUAGAUUUCAGACCAUUGCUAUCUCCACAUGGUAUAUAUGAGUGGGAGUCUAAGAGACACAGCCUGAGGAUAACACUUUUGUAAGUUGUGUGGGAGGAAACGUGGAUCUCUUUCUCAGUUCCGGGGUGUCAUCAUUUAAAAGAAUGUGUAAGAGUGCGAUCCUUCUGCAAAAGGGCUGUUUUGCUCUGUGUCUCUUUGCGUUUCUAUGUUUGAGGACUCAUGUUUCCUGGGUUUGUUGUAAAGUUAUGAGUGUGUCUCCACAAACAACUGCAGUCAUGUGACACUGAACAGUCACUGAGUCACUCAGCAGCUGUUGCGUCCCCGCAGCUCCUUAUUUGUUCCUGUAAUUCUUCAUUUUUUUUUUUCUCUCUAAGCAGUGCACUUUACCAUAAAGAAUCUGCUGGUUCAUGUUGAGGAAAAAGCUACUUCACUUUCCAUACAGUUCUUUUCUUUCAUUUUUUUUCCUUCUCCAUGAAUCCAAGCUUCAGUCUCCCCCCUCCUUCAUUCUCCAUGAGACUUCUGUAGUGCUGCCUUCCAGUGCUGGUCUACAGGCCUCUCUUUCCUGAGUCCUCGUUGGCUAAGCCUCGACCACAUGGUCAAGGAGUGGGCUGCCCUACUCUGCAGUCCGCCCAGCUCUCUGGGUGUUCACAUGGAAUAACUCUACAGCUGCAGUGGGAAGAGAGCAGGGGCCGGGAAAGAGACAGACAGAGAGAGGGGGAGAGGCGGCAAGCCCAAAAUGGACAUGGCUAACCUAUUCAAACAUUUCUUUCGAAUUGGGAAGGUAAAGAACAAGAAAGACAUGAGGAACACUGCAUCCAACUCUGACACAGAUCCAAGUACAGACAAUGGCGAGCGGCUGUAUGACCUCAACCUGCCUGCCCUGGUCAAGUUCAGCUACACGGCGGAGCGCGAGGACGAGCUGUCUCUGGUGAAGGGCACGCGGGUGGUGGUGAUGGAGAAGUGCAGUGACGGCUGGUGGCGCGGCAGCUACGACGGACGCUCUGGCUGGUUUCCGUCCAACUACGUGACCGAGGACGUGGAUGGGACGGCGGGUGGUGGGGGCAUGGGUGGGCUGGGUGACCCGGCCGGAUCGCUAACAGAGAAGUUAGCAGCCGUGGUGAACAGCACCACGAACGGAAACAGAGUGCUGCACACUGUUCAGGCGCUCUACCCUUUCAACUCAGAUAACGACGAGGAACUAAAGUUUGAAAGGGGUGAGGUAAUGGAGGUGGUGGAAAAGCCAGAGAACGACCCAGAGUGGUGGAAGUGCCGCAAAGCGGACGGACAGGUGGGCUUGGUGCCUAAGAACUAUGUCACUGUGCUGGACUCCAGCUCCCAUAAAUCCACAGCAGGGCCCACUGGGCCUCCCACACCUGACUGCGACUAUAUCUCGCCGUCAGGCAGCGGCCGCUUUGCAGGGAAGGAGUGGUACUACGGAAAGGUGACACGCCACCAAGCAGAGGUGGCCCUCAAUCAGAGAGGCACAGAAGGAGACUUUCUCAUCCGAGACAGCGAGUCAUCGCCAAAUGACUUCUCCAUCUCCCUGAAGGCCCAGAGCAAGAACAAGCAUUUCAAAGUGCAGAUGAAGGAAAACCUUUACUGCAUUGGACAGCGCAAGUUCAACUCUAUGGAAGAGCUUGUUGAACACUACAAAAAGGCCCCCAUCUUUACCAGCGAGCAGGGAGACAAACUGUACCUGGUCAAGGCUCUGGCUGCAUCCUGAUCCAUCUCUCACACACAGGCGUACACAAACAAACCCGCACCCCUACACAUUAAUCGCAUCCAAAUAUAAUACAGAUACUUACAUCAGAACACACACUAACGUUUCAGCUCCAAGCCUGAAGACUUAACACAUCAUCAGGACUUAAGGGCCCCCUUUGUGAGCAUUCCAAGAGGAGGUAUGGAAAAAUCAUGGGAGAGACAUGGAGCAGGGAGACAAAAGACUCUGAACUUCUUAGAGUUGACUACAGACCUCUUGGUCGCCUAUUUUAAAUUAUCCAGAUGUGUUGGGUCAUACGCAAUGCCAUGUAUUUCCACCUUUAUCUAUUAGAGUUGCAUUUAGUUUUCUUUGUUGAUAAUAUAUAAUCUUUUUAGCAGUUUCUUUAAAAAAAAUGUGACUUUUUUUUUUAAAUAAAAAAACAAAACAAAAAAAAAUAACUUCACAACACACAGCAACCAUCUGACUGAGGCAUUUUCAGACGUUAGCCCAUUCAGAGCCAUGCCUGCAGGUCUACAUUUCAGCUCCUUUCUGUGUUUGUCUUAAAGCAUUUUUCAUGGUUGUGGACACUAAGCCGCAACUUCUACUAAUCAUGAAUAAAACUUACGUGACCAAACUAUAUUUAUUUACAUUUCUGUUAGGAUCAAUAUUGUCAAGAUUGGAAUAUUAACACUGUGCAUCUUUGUUUUCUUCUCUUUGUUUCCCCUUGGUGCAAAAUCAAACUAGAUAUUCAGCUUUCUUUGUGUAGAGCAGAAGAAUCUCACAUAUUGCUGUAUACACACAUGUGAAUGUUAUGAAGCUGAGGUGGCACAGAUAGUCCCAUGACUUUGCAUGGAUGCGCACACAAACAGAAAAGUGUCCUACCACCUUUACUUAAUCUUCCACAAGAGAUUGACAGUCCAGAAUGGUGAUGGGGAGUCUUCCUGCAUCUACAAGUGUGAAGGGCCACAAUUUUUCCCCCUACUAAUCCCUCCCCCUUUUUCCUUAUCACAGCACGCGUGCAACAGCUGAUGCAUCUUGUCAGUGUUGCCAGAGGCGAUGACUUUCAGGAUGGUGGGUGGUUGAGUGACGGGAAAAGAAAAAAUAAAAAGUCAGUUCUGUGGAGCACAGAGGGGAAGUGGAGGGCCAGCCCAGGCAGUCCGAGGGAUGAUGUCACCGCUCCUGAAUUAGUGAUCACUGUGGAGGGAAUGGAGGGAAUUGAGGGUCACCCAAGGGUUGAUAUUGCGUGGCUGCAAAUAUAUCAUGCAAGGGGGACGCCCUCUUCCUUAAACAGGCACAAGGGAUUUUCAGCAAACAAUUCCUUAUGUUAAAGCAGAGAUUAAAGAAACAUAAUCUGGACUAGAUGUCUGUUUUCUUUGAUUUUUGGGCGUCUGUUUCCAUGACUAAUAUAUCUAAGAGUAAGUUCAAAUGCUUGUGAAGUCUUUUAGCUUGGAAUAAUUUAGUUUGUUUCACCACAUGUAUGGUCAGUGUCAAGUGAGAAUACAGUACAUGGAAAUGUUUUCAGCAGCACACAUGCUUUAUAUUUACAGAAAAGGAAUGAAGUGAAUGGGUGUUUGAGCAAAAGAGGACCGAGUAUUUGAAUGUUGAGGGCGGCAAGUACCGCUGGCUGCAAUCAAAGCUGCACUAGUGCUGGCAGGGAGCCACUCCUGCAGGGAGAAGAUGAUGAUCAUGAUUCCUGUAAUGAUGACUUCUCCAGCUGUGGCCAGUUGGAUCCGAGCACAAAAAGAGAAAAGGAAGAGGGAUCUUAGCAAGGAGGAAAGACAAAAUAGACUUGGAGAAAGAGGAGAAAAAAAAAAAAAAACUAAAGCAAUGAGUGAGGAAAUUGGGAGGAGACUCAGAGAGUGUGUACAGCUGGAUAAGAGUUGACCACGCCCAGGUGGGCUGACGCUGAUGUAUCAUAGCAAAGAAUAAAAGAUUUUACUUUGGCUUUUUUAAGGUCAAGUUAAUACAAGCAUGAGAAAAGUAAUCAGUCAUGCCACAAAGAACACAAAACAUGGGUAUGAACCUUUUUAUUUUCCCCUCCAUUCCCUUGUUGAUUGACAGAGUUACAAAGGAGCUGAACAAGAUUAACUAUAAACAGUGAAACGAUUUGCUCUCAAUUUGAUUUAUAACGGGCUAAAAAAAAGAGCUCUUUUUACACUUUCAGUCGCAGUUGAUAUCUUAAUCUAGAAUACAUAAAAAUCCAGUGUUGCAAAGCUGAUCAGGAUUCUUAAGUUUUAGUGGUUCACGAUCAAUAAUAAAUUUAUAUAUUAUUUGGAUUUGUAGAGGGCUUUAGUGCCUGUAUUCCCCCAAUAUUCAGAAGAAUUGUAUUUAACUACACAGAUCCUGUUAUAACAGUCCCCGACUGCUCUAGAAUUUCCUCUUUGCCAACACAUGUGAGACACGGUUUGCUUAAUGUAGUAACCAUCAGUUUUUUUCCUGCUGAUAUUUCCUCUCUGGCUCCCAGUUCUAUAGCAGCUGCGAUGAUGAAGUAUUAAAGUGACAAAUGCCAACGUGACUUGCCCCACUUUAAAUGAUUUAGGAGAUUUUAAUGUGCCUUCACAGCUUUUUAGCAACCAAAGGUUUAGUGUCCUUUUUUCUCCCUCCUCUUAUAUUCUGUGCUUCCCACUUCUUUCAUCACUGCCACACACUAUUUGGUUAAAGCUUUGCAUGUGUGUCAGUUGAGUGAUUAGCGAGUGAUUAGUUGGGAUGUCUGAACACAUCCUUGUAGGAAAGAAUAUUUCCUCAUUUAGAGUUCGCUUUAAUGUGAGCUGAAAAUGUCAUGGUCUCACUUUUCUUUUUCAUUUCGAUCAUGCAUAAAAAAUAUUCCCUUUAUUUGAUUUGCGUUUAGUUUCAAGUGACCUUACCAUAGCUGAUAUCAUCAAGUAUAACUUAAGUGAUCAGUGAAUGCCUACAUGUACAAUAUAAAAGUAUGUGCUGAUGUUCAGUCAAACAUAAACCCAGCUGUGAUGUAAUCAUGGCCUGAAUCUUCAUGUAUGAGCACCUCAAGUAACGGUAUCACAUGUUGGUUGUGAAGAGACUGUCACGGUUUCUAAGGAUAUCGUUUUAUUUUAUCUGUAUGUUAAAGACUAGUGUAAGACAUCACUUUUGCAGUUUAGCCACUUAAAUGUAAAAAAAAACAUAAAUAUUUUACUUGAUAUUGAAAUACAGAACUGCAGUAUCUCCCUAAUUAGAUAUUGUUACUGGGAUCUUUUUCAUGUUACAACAAAGGAGGCCGCAUGAGCAGAGCCUUGUAGCUGUACAGAAACUGUUUUAAAAGACAUUGCAGUCAAUUGUGACAGAUAUUAUCAAGAUAAAAACUCAUCAUCCUGAUGGUAAACUACAGUGCAGCUGGAACUUUGUUUCUUAUCUGCGAAACAAGCCUGAGAUAACCUUGAAUUUUCACAUAGAUGUCUUGAUAAUAUUCAGAGCAAAUGGCCCAUGUUUAACUUUGGUGCUUUUGUGCUGCUUACAUUUCUAUGGUGUUCUUUGUCUCAAAAAGCUUUUUCUGUAUAAGAGUGAAGAAAAAAAAGAGUCAUGCUGUGGAAUGAUAAAGGCAGUGCUGUGAAAAUUUAAUGUCUUGCUCUUAAUACUGUUUUUAAUGGAGGGGAGAUUGUCUUGAGGUGUAAUAAUUUAGAAGAGUUUUAGAGUGUUUAAAAGAUGUAAUAAACAGCAUAAAAACAA